AAAAAUAGCAAAUUAUAAAAAAAGAAAUAAUUCAGAAUUCUUUGUUUCCGUUCUCGGUUUUUUUUUUUUUACGUUUAUACAUGAUACAUUUGUGAGGAUAUUAUAUGUUCUCCUUUUUCAUUUUCUCAAACGAUUGACAGGAAUACAGUUGCAUAUUUGGAAGAGGAUGAAAAAAUUGUCCAAGUUGAUGUUUUUUGCUGUUCUUUUCGUUGUUCCAGCAGAAUGCUUUGAAAACCUUAGUCUACUCUCAGAAUAUGCAGGCCAGCCGGUACAGAGUGAAUCUUAUAGGUACCCUGCCAUAUACACAGCCGACAAGGCAGUUGAUGGAUUUCUUCAAAGAGAUGUUGGUGAAGAUACAUGUAGUAUUACUCUGGCUAAUACACAUAUUCUCUCAGCAUGGUGGAAACACUCACUAAAACGCAUGGCCAAUGUAGCAUUUUUGAAAAUUUUCUUUAGAAAUUCAACUGUUAAUCGACAUACGGGGUUUUCAGUAUUUGUUUUCAACGACUCAUCCUUUAUCCCGCCAUCUAAUUCUGGAGAGAUUGUAUACAAUAACGACCCCUCUGUUUGCCCUACGGAAGAGAUGAUGAUAAAAGUGAAUAAAGUGACACAAGGAUUAGCUUUGUAUAAUUCAAAGGAUUCUCCUCUGGACACAAACUGCACAGGAUAUGAACCAACUUUUGCUACUAUUGAAAUUUGCGAAGUAUUAGUUAUUGGUUGUCCCUUGCAACAUUACGGGGGAAAGUGUACACCUUGCUAUCAGAGAUGCCAUGAUAAACAUUGUGACGCAUUUUCUGGUUCUUGUAUUUAUGGAUGCAACAAUACCUAUAUGACUUCAUUGGAUUGUUCAUGCAUACCUGGACAUUAUGGAAAUUUUUGUGAGGAUGUUUGUGGGAAAUGUAUCACUGGAACCUAUUGUGAUCAGUAUGCCGGGGUAUGUCCAAAAGGAUGCUCAGAAAACUGGCAAGGCGCUAAAUGCGAUGAAUGUCAAGAUUAUAAAUAUGGACCAAACUGCGUGUUUGAUUGUGGCCACUGCAAAAACAACACAACCUGCUCAAAAACUGAUGGGAGGUGUAGUUAUGGUUGCGAAUCUGGAUGGAGCGGUUCCUUUUGCUUGGAACUACCACCGUUUACGGCGAAAGCAGAUGCUGGUGAUUGGUUUUUGAAAACUCCAUCAAUCAUUACCCUUGUUGGUUCAUCACUAUUCGUCGUCGCUAUUCUUAGCAUAGGAAUACGAGUUUUAUACAAGAAAAUAAAGCAAAAUGACAUGAAGGAAAUUAAAGAGGAAUGCAGUGGAAAAUCAGAUUCAAAUAAGGAUUCAAUGCGCUACAUUUGUGGCCAAAAUGAUGUGACAGGCGAUAAUCAUUACUAUAAUGAUAUGAAUUCUAAACAAAUCGACUUCUAUGCAAAUGACACCAUCCUGUAUGAAAAUGUAUGAAAUGUUUGGUUUUGUAGAUAAAAAAAAAAACAAAUAUUUGUCGUGAUCAAUGAUUCAUGCAAAAUUAAAGUUGACAAUUCCGUAUUUAAAAAAGUGCUUU